CUUGGCACGCGCCCUCCCCCCCCCCCGGGGGGCAGCCUGCGAGCCAGCCCAGCUCUCCCCGGGCCACGGAGCAGCGGGGCCGGCUGCCCCCAAGGGGAGGUCGGAUUUCCCGCCGGUGGCGGGAGCGGGCAAGCCCGGCUUGUUAGCGCGUUGAACUUCGCUCCCUGUUGGCGCUGCCUCUGCUCCCAUUCCUGGAGGCUGUGGGAGGGGAAAGGCGUGUCUCGCCCCGGCUCGGAGGCUGCCGCGGCUUCUACUGCGCCUGCUGCCGGGGCCUCGGCGGCGCUAUAAAAGAAGUGGCCCGGCGCCGGCUCCGGCCUCAGUCCGCGCCUCUCCUCACGCCGUGGAGACCGCGAGCAGCGAGCCCAGGGGACGGGGCAGAGAGUGGGCGCCCGCUGCGGGCAACCCCAAUGCGUGGACUAUCCGCCGCUGCGCUAUGCUGGAGCCCCAGGGCCGCUGAAGGGAGACUGCACGCGGCCGGCUGGGCUGGAUUGCAGCGCUGUCUUUCCUUAUGAAGAAGACACAAACUUGGAUUAUCACUUGCUUUUAUCUUCAACUGCUCCUACUUAAUCCUCUUGUCAAAGCCCAAAGUCCCUGUGGGAAUCCAGUGACAGAUGAUGUGAAUGACAUUACAAAACUGGUUGGAAAUCUUCCAAAUGACUAUAGGAUAACCCUUAGGUAUGUUCAGAAGAUGGAUACUCUGCCUAAUCACUGUUGGUUGCAUUUGAUGGUGCCUGAGUUUUCAAAGAGUCUGCAUAAUCUUCUACAAAAAUUUUCAGAUAUGUCUGAUGUUUUAAGCAACUAUUCAAUCAUCAAUAAUCUCACGAGGAUAAUCAAUGAUAUUAUGUCAUGUCUAGAUUCUGAGAAAAAUAAGAAUUUUAGAAAAGAAAAUCUUCAUCUUUAUGAAGAAGGCAGGUUCAUUCCUGAAGAAUUCUUUAGGUACUUUAACAGUACCAUUGAAGUCUACAAGGAUUUUGCAGAAACAUCCUAUCAUAGUGACUGUGUUCUGCCGUCAACAACAGAAACACCAGAGAACAAUCCAAGAGUUAGUGUAACAAAACCAUUUUUGUUACCUCCUGUUGCUGCCAGCUCCCUUAGGAAUGAUAGCAGUGACAAUAACAAAGAGGCACUCGACUUCACUAGCAGCCCCAGCUUGAAAGGGAUAAGCAUAGCCCUGCCGUCAUUGUUUUCUCUUCUUAUCGGCUUUACUUUGGGAGCCAUCUGCUGGAAGAAAACACAUCGCACACCCAGACCAGAAAGUGAUGAAACAACACAGUGUAAAAACUGUCAAGAGGAUAAUGAGAUAAGUAUGUUGCAGCAAAAAGAAAAAGAGCUCUUACAAGUGUAACUGUUGCUUUUUUCCAACACUGUUACUGUUUCAUGUACUGAUAAAAUCUCGUCAAGGUAUAAAAGCUUUAUUUCCGGUUGUCCUCAGUGUCUACUGCUAUUAUUAAAUACAUGGACUACAGAAACAAGACUGAUAAAAAAUUAAGACUUUGUCAGGCAUGCAUUUUUAAAAAGGCACUAAAAAUACUAUACUGAAACUUGCAAUGUGCGUGUUAUGCAUCCCAUUUGUACAGGCUCUUUCCAGAAAAUGGACACUACUUACUUAUCUAUUUUAAUGUUUUCUGCUGCAGAAAGUAGGAAUGUCUCACCCCAAAUGACAAACUGCCUAACAGCUGACUAUUAACCCAAUAACCGUUUUAAUUAAAAUAUGUCUAAAAUAUUUUGUUUUAAUGUCUUUAUAAAGCUCACUAUAUUUUAGAUAUACUUUUAUUUAAACUUUUAAAAGAACUCAUGGAUGCUUUAGUUAUUUCCUUAAUCUGCUAUGAACUAUAUGUCAAAUGAAUUUGCUCUAUAUAGGGUCAAGUAAUUAAGACAUCUGAGUGCCACAAUGUACAAAAAGUAUUAUGGUCAAUGAUGGAGAUUAGAGACAUGCAUAGGCAUUUUGGGUGGAAACUUGGCAAGUCAAUGGCAAACUCCUAUUGAUUUCAGUGGGGUCAAAAUUUGCUCAUUAGCAUCUAGUUUUCAUUUACACUAAUUCCAGUUUUCAGUGUUUUAGCAGUGAUCCUCAGCUGGUGUAAACUGUCAUAGCUCUAUUAAAGUCAAUGGAGCUAUGAUGAUUACACCAGCUGAGGAUCUGUCCUUACAGCAGGUCAAAGAGGCUUUUGUGUAAGUCAGAAUUGGGCCCUAAUAUCCUGACGUUCAUUAGAUGCUGGAGCAUCCACCACUUCAAUUGAAAUAAAUGGGAGAAGCUCAGCACCUCUAAAAAAUCAGACCCUUAGCAACUUUUAGCACUACGGAAAACCAAGCAGUAGCAUUCUCCAUCUGUAGCAGCUUAGUCUGACACAAUAAUGUAUAUGCCUGUAUUUACUGGUCCCUUAGACUAAUAUAUGAAGCCUACUUUAAAAGUUCCACUUUUCGAAUCUCAGCAUGACCGAAUGUUUGUUUGGGAACUUGUACCUAAAGCCCCACAGCGGGACUAGGAUCCUACAGGACCCGUUGCCAUAAUAGCAGGAGUGGGUAAAAUGUUCUUUGUUGCUGGAAGGAUUGGGUGUGCAAAAAAAAAAAAAGACUGUCAUAAUUUGUGGAAAAAAACUAAAUAUCUCAUCAGUUUGUCAUAAAUAGAAUUUCAGCAAUGUAAAGCAAGUAUCUUUUAAUCAUUAAAACCUUUAUUUAAAAUAAAAUUUAAGCAAGGGAUAGAAAGAUUCGAUGUCUAUUAUAACAGGAGUUAAAAGUAUUUUUACAUGGUUUAAGCAAGCUUUGUUUUAUUCUUUUAGUGGUAAAAAUUGUCUGAAUUUUGUGUUUGUGUAUUAACCGACUAUUUGUUUUUUUUUGUUUGUUUGUUUUUAAUAGCAUGGAGGGAAUCUCUCUCUCACAAGAUUUGCAGAAUCUAAGGUUUUUGAGGGUGGGAGUGGAAUAAAAAAUACAAGAAACAAUGCGGGAACAGGUGAGAGUGGGUCCUGCAAAAGCAGGAUUAAAAUAAUAACUGCAUGCAGGGCUCUGCUUGCCCCUUACUGGUUGUGUUGAGAUAGAGGAAAUGUGCCCAUAAUAAAUGGCAACAAAUAUCACUGAACACUUGACAAAAAUGUUAGACAAUAAACAUUUCCCAUUUACUGCAAUCUACAGUAUUUUCUCAAGAAAACUGAAUGCAUUUGGAAUCUUAUAGCGGUUUUCUUAGCUUUUGUAAUGGAAUAAAACCCGAUGUUAUUAAACUACCUUAAUUGUUCAUAAAGAUGCUAUUUUUCCAAACUGAAUAUUUGAGGAAAAUUAACAGUAAUAAAACAUGAAGCAUUUGCAGUAAUAUAUCUUGAUGUGUCUCAAAUCAGGCUUUGAAGUUCAAAUUACAGGUUUUUUUAGUUUAGUGUAUAUUUUACCCUUGAUAACAAUGAAUAGUGCAUUUAUAAAUUGAUAUAAAAUUUGCCCCCAAAUGCAAUGCUACUAAACAGUAAUAGUCUCAAAGCUUAGUUAUAAGACAGGGUUUAUAACAAUGCCACACACAUUCAUCUUUGCCACAGAACAAGGUAAAUUUGAGGCUGAAUGACAUUCAUGUAUCUCGCUGAAACUGCUCCCAUGUACAAUCCUUCUGACAACACAAAGUUUACACAAUCAUAAUUGUUCUCAUUUGGAAUGUAAACAUCCAUUAGCACAAAAUGGAAUAGCAUCACGUGAAGCAUUUGAGCUGGAUAAUCAAUUUGACAGCUCAUGGCUUUUCCUUCAUUUUUAUCCGACUUGCCAGGUUUAAACUGAGUGUUUGGGCCUUUUGACAGGAGUAUCACAAAUCUGAAUAUAUUUAAAUAUUUCUAAAUAGGGUAGAUUGUUUGACAUUUGGAAAUCUAAUAAGAUAUAUGUAAAUUUUUAUAAAGGGCCUGAUUCUGCUACCUGUUGUGUAGAAUUUACUCCAUGCAUAGUGUUAGUCAUCUGCCAAUUUACAAAAAGCAGUUAUCACUGGGAUCACUGCUGGAGUAAGUUACUACUCAGUGGGAGUAAUGGUGACAGAAUGAGGCCCUUAAUUACUUUUUCCUAUCUUGUAAGUAGUUGUGCAAUUCCUGAAUACAAAUAAAUGUUAAAAUCCUUCAUUUUUAGGAAGGGUCAAACCAUGCAUUGUUGUGAUUAGAAAAUGAGUGUCCAUUUAUUAAAAUGGAGUGCUUUGUUAUAUUAAGAUCAACCUAAAUUUAUUCUCAGAUCUCAGUGGAUUUUGUAAGGAAGAAACAUUUGGAAGUUUCCUUGGGAGAAGCUGAACUUUGCAUGCUAUUAAUAGCAGCUUUGUGAGAAUAAAAAGCAGUUAAUGGUAUACUGCAAAAUUCAACGUGCUCUUUUAGAAGUGUGUUUACUUGAAUAAAUUAAUGGUACUUAUUUAGUCAUGAAGUCAUUUUAUAAGAGCUUUUAAAAACUAAUGUGCUGUUCCAUGGAACAUGUAUAAAAACAUCUUAAAUUUGCACAUUUUCUAAACUCUGAUCUUCACCAGCUGUGUAUUUUCUGUUGCUAUCCAUUUGUAAUAGUGAAACUGCUCAGCACACACAAUACAACUGUUAAUUUGAAAAGUUAACAGUGUACUACCCUCGCUAUUUUCAAUGAGAUUUGCAUUUAAGAAUUAUCCAGAAAUUUUCUCCAGAUAGAAGUUGAUUCAACUAUGUAUUUAAAAUAGAUGUACAGUAAUAGUGGCAUGUUGCUAUUAUAUUAGCAAAUAGAUGGGAUGUGGAGAUUUCAGACUCUUUAAAGACAGAGGCACGGACAUUGGUGGUUGCGUCAUGUGAGAGAGUUUGUAUAUUUUGGUGUAAAUAACACAAUCUUGCAUAAUUACAUUCUGACAAAGGUUAAGCAACAAGUUUUAUAAAAUGUGAUGUGUGCGUGUGUAUAUGUAUG